AUGGAUCUGUCUGAGUUUGGAGAUGCUGCAGCCUUUCUCAGAAGAAGUAAGGAUGAUACUCUGUUAGAGUCCCCAGCCUUUGAUGGGAAGAAGAAAUGCUGGGUUCACGAUGGGAAGAAUGUUUAUAUCGAGGCUGAGGUUAUAGAGAGUGACGGUGAUGGAAAAGUACUUGUAGAAACUAGAGAUGGAGAGAGUCUGAGAAUUAAGGAGGACAAUAUCCAACAGAUGAACCCUGCAGAGUUUGAAAUGGUUGAAGAUCUGUCAAUGCUGCUUCACCUCAAUGAGGCAUCUGUGCUUCACACCCUGAGGAGACGUUAUGACCAUUGGAUGAUCUAUACGUAUUCAGGCCUCUUCUGCGUGGCUAUAAACCCUUACAAGUGGCUUCCAGUGUAUCAGAAAGAGGUCAUGGCUGCCUAUCACAGGAAGAGGCGAUCCAAGGCUCCCCCUCACAUCUUUGCUGUCGCCAAUAGUGCCCUUCAGGAGAUGCUCUGCAGUGGAGAGAAUCAGUCCAUACUCUUCACAGGAGAAUCUGGUGCUGGAAAGACAGUGAACACCAAACUGACAAUUCAGUAUUUUGCCACUGUGGCAGCUGUAAGUGAGACCGAGAAAAAGCCGGGGAUUUCAGAAGAUCAAAUUGUACAAACGAAUCCUGUCUUAGAAGCAUUUGGAAAUGCCAAAACUCUGAGAAAUGACAACUCUUCUCGUUUUGGAAAACUCAUCAGGAUGCAUUUUGGUGCAAGAGGCACACUGUCAUCUGCAGAUAUCCAGAUCUAUUUUCUAGAAAAAUCCCGGGUGGUUUAUCAGCAGCCUGGAGAGAGGAACUACCAUAUCUUUUAUCAGAUUCUGUCUGGAAAACAAGAACUUCAGGGCAUUGUACAUUUCUCUAAGCCAUCUGACCAGAAUCUUUCCAUUAUAGACAUGCUCCUGGUGUCCACAAAUCCCUCUGACUUUCACAUUUGCUCCUGUGGAGUGGUUGCUGUGGAGAGCUUGGAUGAUGCGGAAGAAUUUCUGGCCACAGAAGUAAGGCUUGGUACCUACUGGAGCCAUCAGGAAAAAGAAGACACAGCUAGCCAUCUGUUUCUCUUCUUACAGAAAGCCAUAGACAUCUUGGGAUUUCUUCCCGAUGAGAAGUUUGGGUGCUAUAAGAUCAUUGGAGCCAUCAUGCACAUUGGGAACCUGAAAUUUAGACAGAAUCCCAGAGAAGAGCAACUGGAGGCUGAUGGCACAGAAAAUGCUGACAAAGCUGCUUCUCUCAUGGGCAUUAACUCUUCUGAGUUGGUAAAAGGCCUGAUCUAUCCUAGAAUCAAAGUUGGUAAUGAGUAUGUUACCAGAAGUCAAAAUGUACAGCAGGUAACCUAUGCUGUCGGUGCACUGUCUAAGUCAAUCUACGAAAGGAUGUUUAAGUGGCUGGUGGCACGCAUGAACCAGGUCCUGGAUGCCAAGCUGUCAAGCCACCACUUCUUCAUAGCUGUUCUUGACAUCACUGGUUUUGAAAUACUCGAUUACAAUAGUCUUGAGCAACUCUGCAUUAAUUUUGCCAAUGAAAAGUUGCAACAGUUUUUCAAUCAGCACAUGUUUAUUCUGGAGCAAGAAGAAUACAGGAAAGAAGGUCUUGACUGGAUAUCCAUUGACUAUGGUCUGGAUUUGCAAGCCUGCAUAGAUCUCAUUGAGAAGCCCAUGGGCAUUCUUUCCAUCCUUGAAGAGGAAUGUAUGUUUCCUAAAGCUACUGACAAGACUUUCGAGACCAAGCUCUUUGAUAACCAUUUUGGAAAGUCACCUUACUUCCAGAAACCUGCAUCUUCUGGGAAGAACUCCGAAGUUCACUUUGAACUUGCUCAUUAUGCUGGAGUGGUCCCUUAUAAUGUCAGUGGUUGGCUUGGAAAGAACAAAGACAUUCUUAAUGAAACUGUGGUGGCUCUCCUUCAGAAGUCCUCCAACAGAGUCCUGGCGAGUCUCUUUACCAAGGACUUCCUUUCUGGCAGUGCUAAACAGUUUGGUGAGAAGACACACAGGAAAGGAGCAUCGUUCCAGUUGAUUUCAUCUCUGCAUAAAGAAAACAUAAAUAAAUUGAUGACAGAUUUGCAAUCAACCACACCUCAUUUUGUGAGAUGUAUAAAUCCAAAUAUGAACAAAAUGCCAGGUGUAUUGGACCCUUUCCUGGUUCUGCAGCAGCUGCGAUGUAAUGGUGUCUUGGAGGGGAUUAGAGUAUGCUGUGAAGGCUUUCCAAGUCGGAUGCUAUAUGAUGACUUUAAGCAAAGGUACUGCAUUUUAAACCCAAGGACCUUUUCAAAGAGUGACUUUGUGAGCAGCAGAAAAGCGACUGAAGAAGUACUUGGUUUCUUGGAGAUAGACCAUUCCCAGUACCUGUGUGGAGUCACCAAGGUGCUUCUAAAACCUAGCAUUCUGGACCAGUUGGAAGAAAGGAGAGAUGAGAAAAUAUCUAAAGUCUUCACCUUGUUCCAAGCCAGAGCACGGGGAAAGCUGAUGCGUAUUACAUUCCAGAAGAUUCUAGAAGAAAGGGGUGCCCUUGUUUUGAUCCAAGAGAACAUAAGAGCUUUUAUGGCUGUGAAGAGCUGGCCCUGGAUGGGGCUCUUCUUCAAGACCAAGCCUCUUGCUAAGUCUGUGGGAGUUGGAGAGGAGGUAGCGGGACUGAAGGAAGAGUGUGCACAACUUCAGAAGGCUUUGGCGAAUUCAGAAUCCCAGAGGGAGGAACUGAAAACAAAGCAAGUCUCCCUUGUCCAAGAAAAGAGUGAUCUACUUCUAAAGCUGCAGGCUGAACAAGAGACCCUGGAAAAUGCCAAGGAACAGUGUGAGUUGCUGAUUAAAUCCAAGAUGCAGCUGGAGGACAGAGUCAAGGCGCUGUCUGGGAGGAUGGAGGAAGAAGAGGAGAUAAAUUCUGAGCUGACUGCCAGGGGGCGGAAACUGGAAGAUGAAUGUUCUGAGUUGAAGAAGGAAAUCUAUGACCUGGAAACAAUCUUGGCAAAGUCAGAGAAGGAAAAGUGUGCAGCAGAGCACAAGGUCAGGAUCCUGACUGAGGAAGUGCAUUCUCUCAAUGAGGAAGUCAGCAAACUUACCAGAGCAGUGAAGGCUGCGCAGGAGGUCCAGCAGCAGACCCAGGAGCAUCUGCACAUAGAGGAGGAGAAACUCAGCAACAUGAGCAAAGCAAGCCUGAAGCUAGGUCAGCAAGUUGAAGCGUUGGACGGUGCCCUUGAACGGGAGAGGAAAGCCAGAAUGAAGUGUGAGAGGGAGAAGCUCAAGUUAGAGGGCGAGUUAAAGAAGAACCAGGAGGAUGCCGAGAACCUGGAGAGCAGCAGGUGGCAGCUGGCCGAGCAGCUGAGGAAGAAAGAAUUUGAAAUGAGUCAGAUGAAUUCAAAAGUGGAGAGUGAGAAGAACCUGGUAUCUCAGCUUCAGAAGAUGAUGAAAGAGCUUCAGGCUCAAAUACUAAAUUUGAAAGAGGAACUGGAAAAUGAAAGGACCACUAGAGCCAAGGUGGAAAGAGAGAAAGCUGACCUCACCCAAGACUUAGAAGAUUUGAAGGAGAGGCUAGAGGAGGCAGGGGGCACAAGUUUGGCUCAGAUGGAGGUAACCAAGCAACAGGAAGCAAGAUUUCAGAAGCUUCGCCAUGACAUGGAGGAGACUACGAGACACUUUGAGGCAACCUCUGUCUCUUUGAAAAAGAGACAUGCAGAGAACCUGGCUGAGCUUGAAGGCCAGGUAGAACAUUUACAGCAGGUCAGGCAGGUGCUCGAACAAGAAAAGAGUGAGCUGCAGUUACAAGUGGAUGACCUCCUGACCCGUGUCGACCAGAUGGCCAGAGCAAAGGCAAAUGCUGAGAGACUCUGCAGUGUGUCCGAAAAGCGCCUGAAUGAAGCAAACACAAAACUGAAUGAGGUGACUCAGUUAGCAAAUGACCUGACAGCACAGAAGAUGAAACUCCACAGUGAGAGCGGUGAGUUCUUAAGAAGACUGGAAGAAAAGGAGGCCCUGAUAAGCCAACUUUCCAGGGAAAAGAGCAACUUUACUUUGCAAAUUGAAGAACUGAGAGGACAGCUGGAAGAAGAGACCAGGUCUCAGAGUGCCCUGGCCCAUGCCCUGCAAUCGGCCAAGAAUGACUAUCACCUUCUACGAGAGCAGUAUGAGGAAGAGCAAGAGGUCAAGACUGAGCUGCACCGGGCUCUCUCCAAGGUCAACAAGGAAACAGCGCAGUGGAGAGUGAAGUAUGAACACGACGCCAUCCAGAGAACUGAGGACGUGGAGGAAGCCAAGAAGAAGCUGGCGAUUAGACUGCAGGAGGCUGCCGAAGCCAUGGAGGUGGCCAAUGCCAGGAAUGCCUCCCUGGAGAGGGCCAGGCACAGGCUCCAGCUGGAGCUGGGGGAUGCCCUUUCUGACCUGCAGAAGGCCCGCUCUGUGGCAGCUGCCCUGGAGCUGAAGCAGCAGCACUCAGACCAGGCCCUGGCUGCCUGGAAGCAGAAUCAGGAGGAGGCCCAGGCGCUGCUGCAGGCCUCUCAGAAGGAGGCCCGGGCCCUCGGCACUGAGGUCCUCACCCUCAGGCAUGCCUGUGAAGAAAGCACUGAGGCCCAGGAGACACUGAGGAGGCAGAACCAAGACCUUCAGGAACAGAUUUGUAGUCUCACGAACCAGGUGAAAGAAGGGAUCAAGAAUUUAGCUGACGUGGAAAAGGCCAAGAAAUUGAUUGAACAAGAGAAGACUGAUGCCCAAAUGAUGCUGGAGGAAACAGAGGGAGCCCUGGAGAGGAAUGAAAGCAAGAUUCUUCAUUUCCAGCUUGAACUCUCAGAAGCUAAGGCAGAGCUGGAAAGGAAGCUGUUGGAGAAAGAGGAAGAAACAGAGAAGUUGAGGGAGAAGCAUCAGCAGGCCCUGGCUUCCCUGCAGUCCAGUCUGGAUUCUGAAACUUUGAGCAGAAUGGAGGCCACCCGGCUGAGGAAGAAGAUGGAAGAGGACCUCAAGGAGAUGGAGAUUCAGCUUUGUGCUGCCAACCGGCAGGUGUCACAGACAACUAGGGCCUUGGGCCAGCUUCAGAGUCAAAUGAAGGAGCUCCAACAGCAGCUGGAUAACAGCACGUACCAGAACAAGGACCUGAAGGAACGGGUGGCUCUGGCUGAGCAGCGCAACACUCUUCUUCAGUCUGAACUAGAAGAGCUGAGGUCCUUGCAAGAGCAGACAGAGCGAGGGCGCAAGCUGGCAGAAAAAGAGCUCCUGGAAGCCACAGAAAGAAUCCAUCUUUUCCACACCCAGAACACAGGUCUCCUCAGCCAGAAGAAGAAACUGGAGGCUGAUGUUGCCCAGAUGCAGAAGGAAGCUGGAGAGCUGUUGCAGAGGUGUCAAAGGGCAGAAGAAAAGGCCAGGAAGGCAGCUGCUGAGGCAGCCAACACAUUGGAAGAACUGAAGAAAGAACAAGACACUAGUGCUCACUUGGAGAAGAUGAGGAAGAAUAUGGACCAGACAAUUAAAGACUUGCAGAAAAGGCUGGAUGAAGCAGAACAGACAGCUGUGCUGGGGAGCAAACAGCAAAUCCAGAAGCUGAAAUCCAGGGUGCGGGACCUGGAAGGGGACCUGGAAGGCGAACUCAGGCGCAGUGCAGAGGCCCAGCGGGAAGCUCGCAGACUGGAACGAGGCAUCAAAGAGCUGACCUAUCAGGCAGAAGAAGAUAAGAAGAAUCUGAACAGGAUGCAGGCUCUGUCUGAUAAACUUCAGCUGAAAGUGCAGAGCUACAAACAGCAAACGGAAGCAGCGGAGGCUCAAGCUAAUCAAUACCUUUCCAAGUAUAGGAAGCAGCAGCAGGAGCUGAAGGAAGUCAAGGAGAGGGCAGAGGUAGCAGAAUCUCAAGUCAAUAAGCUCAAAGCCAAGAUGAAGGAGUUUGAAAAAAAGGUUCGAGAAGAAUAAGGAGUUUCUUUUUAUAAAAAGACAACAGCUGGAAGAAAGCCCUUAAGAAAUAAACAUUUAUGUGGCGUGAAAAGCCAGCUAAAAAGACGAUGAGCAAAAUGUACUGAUCCAAGGAAUUGCUCCUUGAAUUAAUGGAUGGAUUUUUGAUUCUCAAUGUCAAGGGACUUUUCUUCUAAAAUUUUACUCAAGAAGACUAAAUGGAUGUUAAGAAUCAAUUUUGAUGUUAGAAAAGAAGGCACAUUUAUUCUUUCUUCUGUAUCUUCAUGCACAGAACUCAUAGAAGAAACCCUUAGACUAUGAUCCAUGGAACUGAUACAUGAUGGGAAUGAUUUUUUUGAAGUUAUCUAACUUUGCUUGAGUCAUCCCUGUAUCUUGAUGACAACUGACAACACUUUCCUUAGUAAUGUGAGGCAGGCAUUGUUGUAGUUAGGCCCUUUGUAUCUGUAGGUAAACCUUCCUAAUCAAAACACAAGUAGACUACAUGCCUGUGUAGACCAUAACCACAAAGCUACUGCUUCCUGUCAGUGAGAGGGUUGUACAGGCUCUGGGUUGUGGCCAUGGAGCUAAGUAGGAGGGAAGGUAUGUUCCAGAAUUUCUUUCCUUGGAUGAUUCUAGACUAAAGUUGGGCACUAGCAAAAGUCCAUAGCAGAUUUAGUAGGUAAAAAUGGAGGAGUUCUAUUUUAUGUGCAUAAGGUCAGUAUACAAUCGCAAAUCCUAUGACAGUUGAAGAAAUAUUACCGAUGUCCCAAGGCAAGCUAUUAGUAAUCAGCUACCCUGGACCAUUUUUUCCUCUUACUUCCUGCCAGUCUCCUUCAACUUUGCAGGCAUGUGGGCGGUUCUAAGGUGACCAGUGUCGGCUUCACCUGGGGAACACCCAGCCUUGCUAUAGUAGCCAGGGAUGAGGACAGUUUGGAAAUAGUUUGUCCCUUCCGGAGUUGCUUCAUUCUCGCUCUCCCUCAACCCUGUGCAGCUCACUACAGCCAACUUCAAACCCAGCAUUCAUAGCCACGUGUAAAACUGACCCCUGACAAUAAAUGCUAUUCUCUGUCAUUCUC